GAUGCAUGGAUCGGCUGGCACAACGAUUCUGGCUUCCUUACUUGCCUUACUCCUGAUAUUUACGUUAAGCAUGAUACCGGUGAAGAAGUGCCCAACCCCGACCGUCUUACUGCCGGCCUCUGGGUCGCUGACCGUAACAGUCGCACUGCCAAGGUUACUAUACCUGAUGAUAUUAUGGUCAUUCAAUGUGGAGAGUGCUUACAGAUCAUCACCGGUGGCUUGCUAGUCGCCACUCCUCAUUGUGUGAGGGGUGCGGCCGUACCCAAUAUCGCGAGGAUCAGCUGUCCAUGCUUCGUGGACACCUCCGUCGACUUCAAGCUGAGCAUGCCUGAGAGGUGCACUAGGGCUGAUGUUUUUAGGAAUACGAUUGCUCAGAGAGUGCCACCACUGGAGAAGAGAUGGACGAAGGAUGGUAUGAGUUUUGCUGAUUUUUUGGGGGACACUUUCAAGAGCUACUACGAGUGGAAUACAAAGUCGAGAUAG